ACCCCGAGCUACCACGUAGAUACGCUCAUUAUGUGCGAGAAAUCUAGUUAAUUUCCCAACAAUAACAGUCUCCAUUCAGAUCAUUAAGCAUUUAUAAACCCUUGUGCUGAGCGGCAGUCGUGAACGCGUUGUGAAGCUGCAUAGGCUACUCCUCCCCCUGAGCGCCGCAGCCCUCCAUCGCUAUUCACUGAAGGGGUAGCCCGACUCCUUUCCGCUCUCCUUUAUUCUGUCUCAGAGGUGGAUGCCAUGCCAUCGGAAUUUCUCCAUUUAUCAGCUGUUUGCGUCCACAUGACAAGUGCGCCGGGGGUAUUUUAAGAGUAGGGGAUCCCUCUUGGUGGCGACAUUACGGCAGAUGGAGAGAGCCCUCCAUCAACCUCAUCAGCUACUGACAGUCACAUCAAGAUUGAGCCAAUCAGUACCAUGGACCUUUAGGAGCAGUAAUGGCAACUUGCUGUACCUCUCGCUCUGAUUUGAUAGACUUGUAGCAUGCGUUCCCUACGUAAGACUGUGCUGUUAGCUCUGGUAGCAUCAGUGGUGCUGGUUUUGGCAGUGCUUCAUUCCUGGCCCACACGGGUCUACAGCACUGUGGAUGUCCGGUACAGACUGGGUGCUGGAGCUGAGCGGCUGCUGGAGGAGAGACUUCCUGAAACGGAUCCCAGCACUAGCACCAUCCCUUACAGAGUGAGGGAGAGUGUGGCCAGGCUUUUGGCUCGCAACGGGUGUAUUUGUGAAGGAGAAAGCAGAGGGGUCAACCUGCCCUUUGCUCAACUAUUGUUCCCUAGAGUGUCUGCCCAUCCCCUGCACACUGCCUUCCAGGCCUCCCAGCUCCGUGAGAUGAAGAAACGGCGCGCCAAAGAGUAUCAGAGCUUCCAAAUGAGGUCGCAGAGCCCAGCUGAUCUACUGAUUGUAGCUGAAGCUAACAACCCUCUGCAGUACCCAACACAGGGUGUGGAGGUUCGGCCUCUUAAAACUAUCCUUAUACCAGGUUUGGCCUUAAAAGAGCUGCCCCGAGAUGUAUAUACUAUGAACUUUUCAGCAUCACUGGGCACAUUUAGUGUGGCAGCAGAGGUAGAGGGGGUAAAGGUCAGGGGUGAUGGCGAGAUGCACAUGACCCUGAGCAGCACCCUUUUGUACAGUCUGAAUCGACAGCUCCAGUUUAUCACAUAUACUAACACACUGUUCCACCCCAGCACAGCUGACACAGUGCAGUUAGACACAGAAGGACAUCAAGCUCUUUUUACCAUCAAGAUCCGUCAUGGAAUAACACCCAAACUCUACAACACAGGCUCUGAUGCAGAUAAAGAGUACAACAUCAGUGCUCUUGUGACCAUAGCAACUAAAACCUUCCUACGCUAUGACAAGCUCCAAGAUUUAAUUAACAGCAUACGACAGUACUAUCCAACCGUUACAAUAGUGAUAGCAGAUGACAGUGAGCACCCAAAAACAGUAUCAGGCCCUUAUAUUGAACAUUACAUCAUGCCCUUUGGAAAGGGCUGGUUUGCUGGUCGUAACCUGGCCGUGUCACAGGUCACUACCAAGUACGUGCUGUGGGUGGAUGAUGACUUUAUCUUUACUGCCAACACAAAGCUGGAAAAGCUGGUGGAUGUGCUGGAGAAAACCACACUUGACCUGGUUGGAGGAGCAGUGCGUGAAGUCACAGGCUACACUGCCACCUACAGACAGACGAUCUCAAUUGAGACUGGAGAGGAAGAUGGAGACUGUCUGCACAUGCGGCGGCAAGGCUUCCAUCACAUCAUCCAAGCCUUUCCUCAUUGUGUGGUCACUGAUGGAGUCAUCAAUUUCUUUCUUGCCAGGACAGAUAAAGUGCAGCAGGUGGGCUUUGACCCCCGGCUAGCGCGUGUCGCGCAUUUGGAGUUUUUUAUUGAUGGGCUCGGCUCCCUGCAUGUUGGGUCUUGUGAUGAUGUCAUCGUGAAUCACGCCACCAAGAUCAAGCUGCCAUGGGGCCAGUCAGAAAGUGACAAAAUUUACGUGAAGUUCCGUUACCCUCCUGCUUCAUCUGAUGCGAUACACACCAGAAAUGGCCUCUUGUACUUCAAAAACCGCUUCCAGUGUCUAACACACAACUGAACACUACCUGACUAUGCCUUCUUUCCUUUCUCUCAUCCUCCCUCAAACGAACACUCUCUCCCUGAGGAGGUGAAGGGGCUUGUGAAGACACUGGAAGUGUGCUGUGGAUGUACUGUAUAUGGUCCCAUGUGAGUAUGGGGGAGUUCAAAUAGGCCUCUUCUUUUGGAAAGGAUCAUAAUGUGAUCGAACAUGACUGACGGAUGAGAUGCACAGUGUUGGUUGAUUAAGAUUUUUUUCUAUACUUGAAUAUGUCUCCUUUCUUUAGCUUUAUUUUUGUUCAGAAGAAUUCUUCAGAUACAGAUCAAACCAUUCCAUAAAUUAUGCAGAGCCAUCUUUUUCUCCUCAGCCAAUCAUGUUUCAGUAUCACAUUUAAAGGGAUAUUGAGACCAAAAAUGAAUUCUGUCAUCAUUUACUCACGCGGAUGUUAUUUCAGACUUAUUAAGCAGAUGUUCAAGCUCCUUAAAUUAUGACAGAAUUGUUAAUUUUGAAUGAACUAGUCCUUAAACAGAUGAGAAUACAGAAGAAGUUUCUUUUGAAAAUGAAGAACGAAGAGAAGACUGUGGAGGGAAACAUUUUUAACCAUGAUGUUUAGAAUUUUUAAAUCCAGUUAAAAGGAGACACUUUCUUUGGGACAUUCACAUGGAAUGUCACAUCAGCUCUCUGCCUGGUAUUAAUCGUGUGUGUACUUGUGUUUGUGUGCGUUUUAUUGAGGGUCAUCUCUCUGUACGUUUGCACUAAAACAAAUGGACUUCAAUUGGAGAGACCCGACCCUCAGCGCCACUAAAAGAAGGAACAGACUGAACAUCAUUAGCAAGCAAAAACCACAGACAAUCCAACAUAUCACUUUCAUUCUCUCUCUCUCUCUCACACAUACACACUCCGACAGAUUUUUCAGUGAUAGAUGGAGGGGUGAUUCAUUGUACAUCAGUAAAAUCUGCAUUUGAUAUUUUUUUGUUCUAAAGAGUGACUGUGCCAAAGGCUUAAUCACUGUCCUGGUGUGACUUGUUUAUUGUUUGUACUUUUUUAAUUUCCUUUAUUCUGAGGUCUUUUUAAGAUUGUGUCCUAAUUUUAAUUUAAAUUUAUUUUAUUUAUUUUUUUGAGCUGGAUUUCAAAAGUUCAGUCAGUGACUUUUGCUAUGCAGAAUGGCUGAGAUAACUAACUUUAUUAAAAUAGAAAAAGCAACAUUAAUAGACUUUUCAGAGUAGAUGAUACAGAUGUGCAAAUAACAGAAAAAAAUAUUAUCAAAUAAAAUUGUUAAUGAAAUCUUAGGAUAUAUUUACAGCAGCAGCCAAAAAUAUGGACACAUCUGAUACUUUAAUCAUUCUAAUUAUUUCCCACAUAUUAUGAUAAAUUAUGUGAUGAAAAUGUAAAAUAAA